AUGGUGCUCAAGUUUUUUAGUGUGGAAGUGUUAAAGUUUGUUCAAUUUCUGAUCAGCGGUCGAUAUGUGGACUUGACAGAUGAAGAAGGUAGUCGAUGGAAAGACUGGCUACUCGCAUCGCUGCUAUUGGGCGCCGUUGUCGGUGGCUGGGCGGCGUUGAGGGCGGGACGUGCAAGUCGACACCAAGUGCAAAGGAUGUUGAGGGACAUGGAACAACUACGAAAGGCCGAAAUGGCACUAGAUAAUAUGCAGAAGGAACUCGAUAAGGCUAAGUUAGAACAGGAAAAUGUGACAACAGAAAAGAAAAACCUAGAAAAAAAGUUACAAGAAGCUGGCGAUACACCUCUCCUGAACUCCGCCUCGUCGGAUCUUGAAGUGUCACAGUUGAAAGCAGAAAUAGAAAUGCUCAGAGCUGAACUAAGGCGGGCAGAAGGUGAACUAGAGGACAGAUGCUGGGCGCCGCCCACCGGCCUGCAGCAGUGGUUGCAACUGACUCACGAGGUUGAGAAUAGAUCGUACAUUAGGAAGAAACAGCAAGCAGAUAUGCAGUUGCAACAGGCUCGAGAUGCGUGCGAAAAACUACGUAAGAAGCGAUCUAGUUUAGUUGGAGCGUUUGUAUCGACGCAUGGCAAGUCUAUAGACGACGUGGAUAGGUCCAUCGUCGAGGCGAGGACUGCUUUGAAUGAAGUCACGCAAGAAUUACAGGAGCGUAUGCACAGAUGGAAACAAAUCGAGCGACUCUGCGGCUUCAACAUCAUCAACAAUAACGGUCUGCAGUUCCUAGAAAGUACUUUGUAUAGAACGGCCAACGGACGUCAAGGGAGAGUCCGUAUGAGCAGUUCGCAGGACGACCUGAGUGUGGGCGACGACACCUCCCUCUGCGGCUCGGUGACAGAUAACUUCGGUUGGCGAGAAGAUUCAUCUGGCAGUGAGGAGCCCGACGCCCCGCACUACCCGUUGGACCUUAGACUUGCCGAAGCUAGAUUGCAAUUAGAAGAAAGGCUAGCUCAGGAGGCUCGUGAGAAGAGACUGGACGAUAAGAAAGGCCUGGACGAUAGGUCGAGGAGUUCGUUCAAUGACGUCAGGAAGAGUCCGACGGACGACCGGCGGCGGGACCCCGUACACUUUAUACUGGGAGGGGAUAACGUGAACUGGACGGGCGAGGAGCUGCGCGGCGCGGGCGGCCGCUCGCGCAGCGACGUGCUCGUGAACGAGCCGCCCCCCGCGCCGCGCCUCGCCUCGCGCCCGCGGCUGCAGGAAGGUAAUGAAAACUCAGAAACGCCUUCCAGCAACACGCCGCCAGAAGAAGAAUCUACAGACUCUUCUCUGAUGGAAGAUGAGAGUGUUCCGAAGGCUAGGAAACGUCGCAUUCACCUGCCCUUCGGCAAAAAGGCUAAAACACCCGCG